AUGAACCGGCUCGGAAGCGUGCCUCACUGCGUGCUCAUGCUGCCGCAGCUCACAAACGUUCGCCUCAACGGCAACCGAACGUCCAACUACGUCGUCAAGGACUCGGUGACAGGCGACGUGCUCGAGAGUAUCAACGUACCGGUGCGCCACGACGGCUACUUGCAGCUGCGCGAGGCCGUCAUGACCAAAGACGAAGGCAGCAACGUGUACAAGAAGCGCAUCCAGCACCUCGACGGCCUCGUACCCGCCACGGACCUCAACCUUGAAAAUGCUUUUCACGACCGCGACAAGGACGAGAUUGGUCGCAAGAUCCUACAUGGCCGCAAGUAG